AUAUUAUAAAGUUUAGAGCUUGCUGCUGCAGGUUUAUUUGUAUAAAAUAAUGGUCUAGUCUCGUGUUUGUAGGCGCGUUCAACAAAGUUCUAAGCGCGUGCUUAGUUCUGCUUCGGUCACGAGCUCUCUUGUAUCUGUCGGAGGAGGGAUUGGAUCAAACCUGCAAUCGGACAUUAUGGCUACAAUGCUAAGCAAAGAAUUGCCGGAUAUCGAGAACAUUCUCGCCUUGAACCCGAGGGUGAAGACCCACGCGGAUCUCCAUUCUACUGCCUCAAAGAAGAAGGAGAAGAAGCAUUGGAAGAGAAACCCAGAGAGGAACUGCGAUUCUUGCUCGGAUUUGGAGAACAACUUCGAUGACAUCAAGCACACAACUCUGAGCGAGCGUGGGGCACUUCGGGAAGCGCUGAGAUGUCUUAAAUGUGCCGACGCUCCUUGUCAGAAAAGCUGUCCUACCAAUUUGGACAUCAAGUCCUUCAUCACCAGCAUUGCCAACAAGAACUACUAUGGGGCUGCGAAGGCAAUCCUCUCAGACAAUCCUCUGGGUUUGACUUGUGGUAUGGUGUGUCCCACCUCUGAUCUGUGUGUGGGGGGCUGUAACCUCUAUGCCUCUGAGGAAGGUCCCAUCAAUAUCGGUGGACUCCAGCAGUUUGCCACUGAGGUGUUCAGUAAGAUGGGCAUUCCUCAGAUCAGGAAUCCAGAGCUCCCGUCACCAGAGGAUAUGACAGAGAGCUACCACACAAAGAUCGCUCUCAUCGGCUGCGGUCCUGCUAGCAUAAGCUGUGCCUCUUUCCUGGCUCGACUGGGAUAUGACGAUAUCACCAUCUUUGAGAAAAAGAAAUACACUGGUGGGCUCAGCACUUCCGAAAUCCCUCAGUUCCGUUUGCCCUACGAAGUGGUGCAGUUUGAGAUCGAUCUGAUGAAAGAUCUUGGUGUAAAGGUUGUUCUUGAGAAGGGACUCGGGCAGAAUGGGAUGACUCUGACCUCACUGAAGGAGGAGGGCUUUGAGGUCGUCUUCAUUGGCAUUGGUCUUCCACAAGCAAACAGGGACAAGAUCUUUGAGGGCUUGACUUUAGAGCAGGGAUUCUACACAUCAAAAGAUUUUCUUCCCUUGGUUGCAAAGGCCAGUAAAACAGGCAUGUGUAAAUGCCGUCCCCAGCUGCCGAAGCUGCACGGAAAUGUGAUAGUUCUGGGUGCAGGAGACACCGCGUUUGACUGUGCAACCUCUGCUCUCCGCUGCGGAGCUCGACGAGUCUUUGUGGUCUUUAGAAAGGGCUUCACCAACAUUCGCGCUGUUCCAGAAGAGAUGGAAGUAGCCAGAGAAGAAAGGUGCGAGUUCCUGCCCUUUCUGAACCCCUCUGAGGUUAUCAUAAAAGAUGGACACGUGGUGGGCCUGCGGCUCUGCCGCACUGAGCAGCAGGAUGACGGCACCUGGAUUGUCGAUGAGGAGCAGAUCGUCCACCUUAAAGCUGACUUCAUCAUCAGUGCCUUCGGCUCGAUGCUUCAGGAUCCUGCAGUGAAAAAGGCCUUGGAACCAGUCAAGCUGAAUGGAUGGGGUACACCUGAGGUGAACAACGAAACCAUGCAGACCAGCGAACCUUGGGUGUUUGCCGGCGGAGACAUCGCCGGCUUGGCCAACACGACCGUGGAGUCUGUCAAUGAUGGCAAACAAACUUCCUGGCACAUCCACAAGUACAUCCAGUCCCUCCAUGGUAACACAGUAAGCACCACUCCGAAACUUCCCCUGUUCCUCUGUGCUAUCGAUACAGUAGACAUCAGCGUUGAGAUGUGUGGGAUAAGGUUCCCCAACCCGUUUGGACUCGCCAGUGCUCCACCCACAACCAGCGCUGCCAUGAUCCGCAGAGCCUUCGAGCAGGGCUGGGGCUUCGCCCUCACCAAGACCUUUGGCCUGGACAAGGAUUUGGUGACCAACGUGUCUCCUCGAAUCGUGCGUGGGACCACCUCGGGUCACGUUUUCGGCCCCGGCCAGGGCUCUUUCCUCAACAUUGAGCUCAUUAGCGAGAAAACAGCCGCCUACUGGUGCAAGAGCGUUUCAGAACUCAAAGCUGACUUUCCAAAAAAUAUCAUCAUUGCCAGUAUUAUGUGCGGUUACAACAAAGCUGAUUGGACGGGGCUGGCAAAGAUGGCUGAGGACGCUAAAGCUGACGCCCUUGAGCUGAACUUGUCUUGUCCUCAUGGUAUGGGAGAGAGAGGUAUGGGACUGGCAUGUGGACAGGACCCUGAGCUGGUGCGCAACAUCUGCCGCUGGGUCCGACAGGCCACCACCAUCCCCUUCUUUGCCAAGCUCACGCCCAAUGUCACCAACAUUGUUGAUAUCGCCAGUGCUGCACAAGAGGGUGGAGCGGAUGGAGUCACAGCGACCAACACUGUAUCUGGACUGAUGGCUAUCAAAGCAGAUGCCACACCUUGGCCUGGAGUCGGCAGAGGAGCGAGAACUACAUACGGCGGUGUUUCUGGCAAUGCAAUCCGGCCCAUUGCUCUGCGUGCUGUGUCAGCAAUAGCCAGAGCUCUGCCUGGCUUCCCUAUCCUGGCUACGGGUGGUAUUGACUCGGCAGAGUCUGGACUGCAGUUCCUUCAUGCUGGAGCUUCUGUCCUGCAGGUAUGCAGUGCCGUGCAGAACCAGGACUUCACAGUGAUUGAAGACUACUGUUUAGGCCUGAAGGCACUGCUCUAUCUGAAGAGCAUAGAAGAGCUGUGCGAUUGGGAUGGCCAGUCUCCUCCAACCGUACGCCACCAGAAGGGCAAACCUAUCCCCCGCGUGGAGGAGCUCGUCGGAAAGAGUUUGCCGAGCUUUGGACCAUACAUGGAGAAGAAAACUCAAGCCAUAGCAAAGUACAAGAAGAGCCUGACAUACGCCAGCGACAGUGUGGCCACGGAUGCUAAUGCCGAUAGAGUUAACGUCCCCAAAAAACUAAUCCCCAGUGUCCAGGAUGUGAUCGCCAGAGCACUAAAGCACAUUGGUGCGUACCAGGAGCUGGACAACCUAGAACAAGUGCAGGCCCUCAUUGAUCCAGAGAUGUGCAUCAACUGCGGAAAAUGCUACAUGACCUGCAACGACUCGGGCUACCAGGCUAUUAAGUUUGACCCAGAGACCCAUCUUCCUGUAAUCAUGGACAGCUGCACCGGCUGUACUCUCUGCCUGAGCGUGUGCCCCAUCAUCGACUGCAUCAAAAUGGUUACCAGGACAACGCGGUACGUGCCCAAGAGGGGCCUGCCUGUUAAUCCCGUUUGCUAAAGCACACUGUGGCUCCACCUGACCGGAGAGAAAAGAAAGCGAGGGGCAGACGUCUCUUUCAGAGCAUUCGAUUCCACUUAUAAUUGCUGUGUGAAAAAUUACCUUUAUUAUGAAAACGAGUAAUUAGCCAGCGAAAAUAAUUGCUUCAUAUUCCCAGACCGGUUAUGCUUGAAUAAUUGCGCUGGAACAAAAAGAGUUGCAUUAUUUUGAAACAAUAGAGUGCAAUGUUGUUGUUUUUCGCUCCCCCUCUCUCUAAAGAUCUAGCAAUCAAAAUUGAAAUGAAUUGAUCGGGAUGGCUAAGAGCUGUUGUUUCUUUCAUAUAAAUGGCAAUAAAUAGAUACCAUUCCAGGUAGUUUACUAAUGAACAAUAUAGAAAUCAAGUGAAAAAGUAUAAUUUUAAAACGGCAAUGAAUUAUGUGAAUCAAAAUUGUGAGUAUGUAAUAAUUAUGCGAUAGGCAUAUGUGCUUGUGUAAUGUCUCUGAGUGAUUUAUUAUAUAUUUGUACCUGAAGAAGUUCUUUCUUUUGAUAAGCAAACAAUCUUAAAAAAAUGCUUUUUUAAAUGCUUUCAACUGCCUUAAUUAAAUGUAAUAAAAUAUUCCUGCAGUAUAA